CGCUCCUCUCUGCCUCGCAGGUGGCCCAGGAUGGCCGAGAGACUGGAGGACCUGAACCUGCCCAACGCCGUCAUCACCCGCAUCAUCAAGGAGGCGCUUCCUGAUGGUGUGAAUAUCUCCAAAGAGGCUCGGAGUGCCAUAUCCCGGGCAGCAACUGUCUUUGUGCUUUAUGCCACAUCAUGUGCAAAUAACUUUGCCAUGAAGGGGAAGAGGAAGAUGCUGAAUGCUGGCGGUGUCCUCUCUGCCAUGGAGGAGAUGGAGUUCCAGAGAUUCGUAGCCCCUCUGAAAGAAUCACUGGAAGUUUACAGACGUGAUCAGAAAGGGAAGAAAGAAGCAAGGAAAGAUAAAGACAAGAAGACAGACUCAGAGGAGCAAGAUAAGAGCCGAGAGGAGGAGAAUGAUGAUGAUGACGAGAGGAUGGAGGAGGAAGAGCAAAAUGAUGAGGAGGAGGUGGACAACUGAGCCUGCUGAGGCAUGCAGAGGGGCUGGGUGUUGUUUGGAGAGCUGUAAAUGAGCCUUGCUGUGUUCCCUCAUCUUUCCAGUAGAGCUUCAGGCUGUACCUCUGCAGCCUUUUUGGCUUUGACCUGUACAUAGAGGACUUCUGCUCACACUUUCUCCUGGAGGAAGGUGUCCUCCGAGCUCACAGGGCUUGCCACUGGUUCUGGGCAGUCUGGGCUUUUUAUACUGGGUUGGCUGUGAAAGAGAGCGGAAGAACCAUCAGGUACUCAGUACAGAAGCAGCCAGAAGAGAAACUGGAACAAGCUCCUUAAACUGAGUCAGGAGCUGGAUCCAACAUCAUUAUUAACCCUUUGGGGUUUAGAACCUACACGAUGGUGUUGGCAGGCUGGGAAGCUGAACACUGAAGCUUUUAAUCCAAGUGAUUUGGGUUUUUACUUUGUUUUCUUGCAUUCUGGCUGUGCCUUCUCUUCCUACUCCAGCUGUGACAGUCAUCCUGUGUCCUUCAGCCAUGCCAGCUGUGUGCAGCUGUACGAGGAGCUGUGGGCUGCUUGGCUGACUCUUGCCCAAGUCAACCUAAGACAGGAAGAUUGCAGCACUGGAUGUAAAUUAAAUACCCAUAGAGCUUGGUAUGUGUCUUGAAAGGCAUGAGAGGUCCUUCUUUGGCCUCUGACAGUCAUUCCAGAGAGGUAGGCAGGCCCCAAGAGGUUGAUGAUGAGGGA